AUGGAUGAUUUUGAUACCAUCGAAUCAGUAAUCAAGGACCAUAUCAUACCGAUAAGCCUUUCGCGCGACGAACGGAUCGAGCCUCUGUUGGGUAUACAGCCAUCCUUUACCAUGAUGAAUAGGGAAUACCUGAGCAUGAAAGUCAUGGCCACGCGAUGGUUGAAGUCCAGAGAUUUCGUUGUUGACGAUCGAGUGGAGAUUGGGAAUGGCCUGUACAUCGAUUAUUACACUGAGUUUGAUGAUGAAUGGCCCUGUUCGUACAUGAAAAAGAACAAGGAGAUUAACAGCAGGCCGGGCAACAUGGUAUCGAAGCUAUUUGCAUGGCACAAUGCAUACAGCAGCUUUUCAGGCAAGAGGCAUAUCCAAUUCAUGGCGAUGUGCAGUGGCCCGGACAUCAAGAGCGGCAGCAACAUCCUUUGCUUUGGUCUGAAUAUCAAGGAUAUCCACAUCACCACUGGGCGCCUGGGUGCCAUUGACUUGAUCGAGUCAAAGCCGGGUGUCAUGUCCGAGUCCUUUGACAGCGCACAGCCAGACGUCAAACUGAUAUUGGAAACGUGCGCACUCCCCAGAGAACUUGCAUCGACUUACAAGAGUGUGAACAAUCAGACAUCGAGAUAUAUCCAAUCUAUAUUACCAAGCUUGAAACCACUGGAUCAGGUCAGGGUCGAUCGCUUGAAUGCGGCAAUGAUCGAGAUCGCCAAUGAUUCUUCCAAGAUGAUCACACAGAAUGGGUUCCAAUUUCACAGGGAGGGUGUGCUUUCUGGUGAUUGCCUUACGAUUUGGAACAACACGGUAGACCUAAACAUGGUCUUUUUACAGAAUGCAUUGGACAACAAGAUCAAGAAUCACUAUGGCUGCCCAGCGGAUUCGUUCGGCCUGGUCAUGUCAUGCCUGAAGAUCUGUGGGGUUGGGAUCGAUGAGGUCAUUGAUGCAAAUACCGCAGACUCCUUUAUGCGCGCAUUCCCUUGUUACGUGUCCACUGCGAUCACCUAUGCAUCCGAUCUCAAGAAGGAUCCCAACACCGGAUCCUUUGAGAUGAGUGAAGACAUAAGCACACCCAUGUCGGACAAUGUCUAUGAGGACAAGGCCUACAGCGCGGCGAUCCUGAAAAGGCUUUUGAUCUCGAGGGGUUUGAAGGUGGACGGGGCUGGCUUGUCUGGUUUCAAGAGGUCCUACCAUGACAGCAUCUUCUAUGACGAUUGCGAGGGCGAUGCCAGCAUACUCAAGAUCUGCUUUGGCAUGGCGCAUCGCUUCUGUCAGAGCGCCAGCCGUAUUUCCAAGGCGUGUGAUCACGAGAAGCUGGCCGGGACCAUCAAAUCAUACUCGAUCAUGCAGGAUUGGUCUCUAGAGGACAUCCGGAAAGGGUUGGUCCAGUGCAAGCAGCUCUACAGUCACAUCAAGGAUUCUAGUAUCCAGCUGCUUCUCAUGAGCGCAAAGGCCCCGAACGUGGAGAAGUCGAGUAUCUCCAAUGGUGACGGGGUGGGGUAUGAAAUCUGCGGGCAUUGCGCUGCCAUGACGAGCCAUAAAGGCAAUCUUUACCUGGCCGAGAUGACUGCGCCCGUCUACAUGCUCUCGUUACAAUCGGGGAAAGCAUCUACGCACGGGGUCCCGGAUGCGGAUCUGAACAAGAUGAAACGUUCUUACAACAAGGUGAUCGAGAUGAAGAAGAUGAUGAAGGAGCUUGCUAUGAAGAACAAGGCAUCGGAUGAUCUGGUCACUGAAGAUCUAUUCUAUUCCCAGCUUUGCAAUGACUGUGCCCCGGACAUUGGCAGAUCCAAGGUAUGGCUGCACAUGAAGGACCUUGAUGGGGUCUUUUGGCAUAUCGGGGGCAUUCUUGGUGAUAAGAUGUUGAUGUUACCCGACACAAAGACGGUUGGCAUACCCGUAUCAGAGCUCAUUAAGCCAGGGAUGGCUGAGCGUGUCAAGGCCAUAAAGAUCAAUCAAUCCAAGGAAGAGAUGGACGAGUUCAAUCUCAUCUCCACGUAUGCAACACCUCCCAUCCUCCCCUACAUCAAGGUCUUUCAAAAGAACGUCAGCCCACCGCUGAAGUCAUCUAUCUACCCCAUCUCAUUGCCCACCAUCCCACUUGUGUAUGGUACACAGAAGCAGAGCGAGGCGAAGAAGUUGGAUGCCUGGGUGAAGGAGGAACCGACAACCCGAUUUACUUGCACGAUAGGAAACAAGUUGAUUGCAGUACAAGUAGUCCCAAGGAUGGAUUUGAAAGAGAUUGAGAACCAUUCUCUUCCUGUCAAUACCAAGUUCUGUCUGCAUUAG